GGAAUACUCGGUACAUAUGGAGUGCCGCCUGUUCGACAAGCAAGUCAGCUAAUGGACGCCGUGUUUGCAAGAAUACGUUUCUCAGAUGAAAGAAAACGCCUAUUUCUCGAAUUUGUCAGUAUAUUUUCCCAUGAUCCAGUAUAUGGGGAUCUUGUGACGAAACUAAGGAGAGAAGAAAUGACUUCAAAUGCUAGCAUACUUGGAACACAGUUAAAAAUCGAACAUUUGUCGUUAUUAAAAGAUGUUCUUACAUCGGUUUCACACAAAUAUUUUGUUCUUGGGAGCAUGAUGAAGGUUAAGCACUGUAUGUUGGUGCAAAUUAGUGAGGAUGGAUGUACCUCUGAUGAGAAACUGUGCAAGGUUCUUGAGUAUCGUUUAAGGCAGCUACCACUGUUGACAUGGCAUGACAUAGUGAGUGCCCUCAGAUCUCCUGCAGUUCAUGAACAGGUCCUAGCUAGUCAGAUUGAGUCCCAGUACAUACCUUGCUCUUCAUCCCAGUCACACCCAGUGAGUGACCAAUCUUCUACCAUUGACCCAAGUAGUGGUACUAAUCCUCCAUUGCAGGCAUUUGACAUGCGACAUCACCACUACCCAUAUGUGUCACAAAAUUUUCCUUCCUCUGUAUCCUUGGCUACAUCACAACCACUUCCUCAUCAACCUUACCACAUCCCUCCACAAUUAGAUCCUGAUUUCCUAGUGAAUCGUCAACAUUUGUACAGCGGUUCCCAUAUCAACUAUGGUACCACGAAUCAUCCAUCACUUUUGCACCCUCAGCUUCAGCCUCCACAACAUAUCCUCUCUCCCCAUUUUCCACCUGGUAGAACUCUGACUCAAUUUGAUCAGACACUACCUCAUUUCCAAAUGUAUCAUCCACCAAUGCUUGAAUCAACAGAGUCUGUAUUUCCUACUUAUUCUCCGGCUGCCAAAAGACCAAGAAAUAAUUCAACCCUUAGUCCCUCUUAUCCUGCCAGUGAAGCAACAGCUGGUAUUCCACCUAUCGUUAAUAAAUUCAUAGAUUUUGUGAAGCAAACAUACAGUGCUCAAGUUGUUGUGAAGGAUGAAAAGUGGUCUCUUUCUCCCACAGUCAAAUACAUUAACCUCGCCUGCAUUGACAGGAAAUGUGUUAAAAGUAAGGAAUAUGAGAAUGUAACAAAAGCUAUGGUUCAUGAUGGCAAUGUUGAUGUCAUACAAGAAACAAAGGGACCUAUUAAGUUCAGUGCAAUAGCGAAAGGGAUUUCCCUCCCAUCAACUGCUGAAGCAUGUGCCCAGCAGGUAACCGAUAAAAGGUUGAUACUUGUGGAGGGGGCUCCAGGUGCUGGUAAGUCAACAUUUGCGUGGGAGUUUUGUCGCAGGUGGAUGUUGGGUAAGGUAGCUCAGCAGUACCACCUAGUGCUCCUGCUCAGGCUUAGAGAUGAAAGAAUCAGAAAAGCUAAAUAUUUAGAAGACCUUUUAUAUCACCCAAGAAAACAUGUGGCUUCAGCUGUAUGUGAUGAGCUUCUAACUUCACAUGCACUCCAUAUGCUCAUCAUUCUUGAAGGCUAUGAUGAGCUCCCUGAUAGCUGUCGCAAUGAUCCUUCAUCUCUUUUCAAUGAGCUGAUAUCAGGAAAGUUGCUGCCUUUGUCUACCGUCCUCGUCACCAGUCGACCUUGGGCUACAAAAGAGAUUCGUGAGAAGGAACAUUGUCGCAUGCAUCAGCACAUUGAGGUCUUAGGAUUUACCAAAUGUCAGAUCAAAGAGUAUAUCAAAGAAACUGUCCCAAAAGAGCAGGUGAACGAUCUUAAUUCUUACCUGGAGAGACAUCCUCAAAUUAGAUGUGGCAUGUACAUUCCUCUGAACAGUGCCAUUGUUGUGGCUGUAUAUAAAGAAGGUGUUCAAUGUGAUCAUGACAAAUUGCCUUGUACCCUCACCGAACUCUACAGUUGCUAUAUAGAGAUAUGGAUAAGACGACAUCUGAGGCGUACUAAUACAAAGCAGAAUGAGGGGGGCACAUUUGUUAUCCCUGGUAUAAUUAAUCUCUCUGUUUCGAAAGAGGUGCACAAAAACUUUGUUAGUAUGUGUGAGUUGGCCUAUACAGGAAUUAUAGGUUCGGAUGACGAAGUCAAACUCAUAUUCAGCGAGUCUGAACUGCCACCAAACUUUGACAAUCUUGGGUUGAUGGACUCAGUCACUGAGCUCUAUGUGACUGGACAAACUUCUUCGUCUCACAACUUCCUUCAUCUCACAUUCCAGGAAUUCUUUGCUGCAGUUCACAUCUCUACUAUGCCCGAAGAGCAACAGCUGCAAUACUUUAAGAAGAGUAAGACUGAUGGCAGUGAGAAAGAAGGCAGGUUAAGGGUAGUGCUAAGAUUUCUUGCUGGCCUACGCAAUUUGGAUUGCUUUACUAGAGAAACUGUAAAUUACAUUGUAAAGUUCCCUUCAACACCUGUGAGUAGUAAAUAUCAAACACCCUGUAACAUUUCAGUGGAUGUUGAUGUUGUCAACUGGUUGUUCGAGUCUCAGAGUCAGACUGCUAUUUCCCUACUCCUAGAAGAGUGCAAAGUAGAAUUCAAGGCCAAGAAGAGUCAAAUGAUGCCAAUGGACUACUACUCUCUCGGUUACUGUAUUUCCCACAGCCAGUGCCAGUGGGUUUUGUCUCUUACUGGAAGGAGCACUGUUUCUAAGGAGAAGAUAGUACUACUUGCUAAUGGUGCUGUAGAAUCAAAUGGUGUAGGAAAAAUUGUCCUACUUGGAGAUGAUAUGCUUGUAAAUUUGCCAACAACUAAUUUCAACAUGUUGUUUGCUAAGUGGAGUUGUCUUCUUCAUCUUCAUGAACUUUCCCUUUUUACAAUACCGCAGGCAUGGCCAGACCUAUCUCACCUGUUGUCAUUUUCAAUAGAGGGGCAUGUCGCAGAUCAAGUCUGCAUGGACCUUGUCAGUUAUCUGGCCUCAACAAACUGCCUCAAGAAGCUUUCCAUUAAGUUCGAUUACUCCAGUGAUGCUCCUACUUCACAGCAUCUACUGGAGUUGUUAGAGACUGUAUACCACCACCACACUCUUGAAGAGAAGUCGGUAAAGGAAGCUGCAUGUAGACUAACUACAGAUGAUGACGUCAAAGCCUUGAGUCAAAUAUGCUCUCUGUAUUUGGAUUCAAUGAGGACAGAUUUUAUUGAAUCUGUUGGAGGACUAACCGAUGAUGGAACAAUUGUCCUGGCUGAAUUUCUCCAACACAAGUAUAGUUUAGAAGAACUGGACUUAGACUUCUCGGGUACAAGUGAUAUUGGGGUUGUAUCUUUGGCUAAGGCUCUCUAUAAUAAUUCCACCAUUUAUGUACUGAAAUUGUUCGGGCAACAGUAUAGGUGUGAGUGGAGCAGUCUCUCUCUCUCAGACCCUUCGUCACAACUCUACACUCCGUGAAUUAGCAUUUACGCGGUAACAGGAUUGGUGAUGAAGGAGCAAUAGCCCUCUCUGAGUCUCUUCAUCAGAACUCCACCCUUAAGAUUAUAGAUUUGAGUAGCACAAUAGUAUUGGUGAUAGUGGAGCAGUAGCCUUAGCUGAGGCACUUCAUCAGAACUCUUCCCUGAUAAAGAUUCUUUUGGCAGUAUUCGUAGCAACGGAGCAGUAUCUCUAUCACAAGCCCCUUGUAGAGUAACUAUACAGAUGAUGAUGGCAAAGCCUUGAGUGAAAUAUGCUCUUCGUAUUUCGAUUCUGCAAUGUGGAUAAAUUUAUUUGAUCUGUUGGAGGACUAACUGAUGAUGGUACAAUUGUCCUGGCUGAAAUUUCCAGCACAAGUACGAAUCAAGAAAACUGAACUUUUUUGGGUAUACAAGUAAUGUUGGAGUCUUGUCUUUGGCUAAGGCUCUCUAUCAUAAUGAUUCAUACACUGAAAAUUAGUGUAGGUGAUACUGGAGGAGUCUCUUCCUCUCAGACCUUUCAUCACAACAUUAAUUUGAUUUAGACCCAGUUAUUGGUAAUGGACGAGCAAUAGUCUCACGGAGUCUCUUCAUCAGAACACUACUACCAAGAUCCUGAACUGGUCAACUAACAGUAUUGGUGAUGAGGGAGCAGUUGCCCUAUAUAGCUUGAGCUCUCCUUAAGAACCACUCUCUGCAGAACUUUGAGAGGCAUCGGUGGCAUUGGUAACGGGUUGCUAGUGAAUUAGUGCAACCUCUAGCAAAAACCUCAUCCAUAAACGAAAUGAUUCUCUCUGGAGACAUUAAGAAUAUGCUAUGAGAUGUCCGAGUUAUUAUGAAGUACAUGAACAAACUAAAACUU